CCCCUGCUGCCAACUCCAUUCCAAUCGCACCAAUCCACUCGAUCAGUGACCACCACCUCCUCACCGAGCUCCCAACAACACUUGGCAAGCUAGACCUCCUUCCUGCUGCCUGCAAUCAGCUGAGAACGAAGGGAAGAGGAUGAGGUCGAUUGCGCUCGCCAUCGCGGCGAUGGCCUGCCUGGCGGCGGUGGCGCGGGCCGGCAACUUCUACCAGGACACGGAGAUGACCUGGGGCGGCGGGCGCGGAAAGGUCGUGGACGGCGGCCGCGGGCUCGACCUGACGCUGGACCGCACCUCCGGCUCCGGGUUCCAGUCCAGGAGCGAGUACCUCUUCGGCAAGAUCGACAUGCAGAUCAAGCUGGUCCCCGGCAACUCCGCCGGCACCGUCACCACCUUCUACCUCUCGUCGCAGGGGAGCGCCCACGACGAGAUCGACUUCGAGUUCCUGGGCAACGUCACCGGCGAGCCCUACACGCUGCACACCAACGUGUUCACGCAGGGGCAGGGCCAACGCGAGCAGCAGUUCCGCCUCUGGUUCGACCCCACCACCGCCUACCACACCUACUCCAUCGUCUGGAACCCGCAGCACAUCAUCUUCGCGGUGGACGGCACCCCGAUCCGCGACUUCAAGAACCACGAGGCGCGCGGCGUGGCGUUCCCCAAGAGCCAGCCGAUGCGGCUGUACGCGAGCCUGUGGAACGCCGACGACUGGGCCACGCAGGGCGGGCGCGUCAAGGCGGACUGGUCCCACGCGCCGUUCGUGGCCUCCUUCCGGGGCUUCCGCGCCGACGCCUGCGUGUGGUCCGGCGGGCGGCAGCAGUGCCCCGUGGGCACCAUGGAGGCCGCCGCCGCGGGCGGCGGGGGGCGCGGCUGGUGGAGCCAGCAGCUGAGCGACAUGAGCUACCGCCGCAUGCGCUGGGUGCAGAGGAAGUUCAUGAUCUACAACUACUGCGCCGACGCCAAGCGCUUCCCGCAGGGCGUCCCCGCCGAGUGCCACCUCCGGUGAUGAGCUUGCUAGCUGCUGCCGUUGUGCCGUGCACGCACGAUGACGCCUUGUCGUUCCAACCCAACCCAUCCAUCCGUGGCGAAACCAGAGAUCGAUCGUGGAGAGAAGAAGAUGGUGGCGAAGAAUAAGGAUCGUUUUUGGAUGAUGGAGGCGAUGUAAUGUACUAGUGUAAAGGAAAGGGAAUGUAGCUGCGCAUAUCGCAUUCUUUGAUUUGUUUCUGUAACACCAGAUGUACACCUAUCAUCAAGACGUUUGUUUCAGCAUACUAA